UCCAUGUUUUCAUCUUUUGCACUUCACUAACCAGGCUGUUUCUCGCCAUCAGAUAGGCUCAAUUUAUUUUUAGAUAUUCUGUUUUUUUGUUGGAUGAUUUGUCAACGGCGGUCUGGGUAUUACUUCCGAGCGUCAUGAAGCUGAGAAGCGGUACGUGUACUGGUUUCCCCACGGACAUCACGAGUUCUCGCACUACGCGUAAGCGAUCCGUGGAGCGCGAUGAUGAUGAGUCGCGCGCAAAGAAACCUCGUCGAGCUGAUUCUCCGGCUACUCUUAGCGGACCUUCGUUACCAGUCAGCCAUCGCGAACUCUCUGUUCCCGAACCACGGCCAUCGGAGCGCACGCAGAUGGAGAUAUUUGUCAAAACGGUGCGAGUGGGUAAUCGCGCACUGACUUCGCCAUAUUUCGACGCUCUCCAUAAUGCUGUCCACCAGAAUGGUAUCAAAGUUAAACUGAAGGCAGAUGUCCUUAAGGAUGACUGGAUCCUCGUCAUUGAGAAGACGAAAGAGUUGAACUACGAUUUGGAAAUCCGUGAAUGUUUCCUUGACAGGUUCCUCUAUGAUGGGUCAAAGUUUUUUCUGGAACUGACAGUGCAUUUUGCCAGGAAUCUCACCGAUCGCAUUAUGGAAACUGCCCUUCCCGAUUGCGGAGUGAUAAUCAUUGAUUUCAAAAAUGCUGCAUUUCGUAGACAUUUUCACGAAUUUUUUCUGGGGAAAGUUAAGAGCCGUGUGAUUAAAGCGGAAGUCAUCAGACCGGAGCGAGCGAACGACUACAUACGGAGAUCUCAAAAGCCUGACCACACUGCCCAGCCGCCGUCUGCAGCUACACAUAGCGCAGCCGUGCAAAAGAAGGACAUGGUGAAAUUGACUAAUCAUGUGGAAGUUCGAAAGGGUCCCAUUAGCGCGAGCGUACCGAAAGUGGUGCCAGUCCCUCAGAAAACCGCUCCAGUUCCGGGGAAUUCGCAGGCGGAUUGGGGCAAAUUUAUUCCACGCCCCCUGGCACAGCAGUCUAAGACAUUGCAAGCGCCGGUUGAUGCGUUGACGCAGCAGCCACGACCAUCCGCGACGGUGCCGCCUUCUCAAAACAGCGUUCCGCCCCCGUCGACAUCGCACAUUAGCGCCAAUGGGGUUAGCUCUGUUUCACGUCCUCCGCAGCAGACAAAUCCAGCGCGGCCACCUGUUGCUCCGCCGACGCAGCCGCCGCGACCUUCUGCUCAUCCCCCAGAAGUUCCGCUGUCUGCGCGCCCACCACCUCCCGCGCCAAGGCCACCGACGGGUGCCCCGGCGCCUCCUCCACCCCCGCCGCGUAUUCCACCGCCAGCUAACCCACCACCGCCGCGAUGUCCACCACCACCUCGUUAUCAUGGGGACUUCAUUCCUCCCAUGUUAGGCGCCCGUACCGCCAAUGGCAUCCACGAGCCAAGACCGCCGAUGCACUGUGCAAUGUGGUUUGGACCACCAGCGCAUCAUCCGCCACCGAUGUACUAUGGGGAUGGUUAUACUCCAAUGACGUCCCGCUCGGAAGCGCACUGGUGGGAAGGUUUUGCGCCGCCGGUUCCCCAUGCGCAUCGGUGGAAUAGUUAUCCGGAACCAAACUGGUGGGAUGGCUUUUCACACUACCCACCGAUGCAUGCGACACCAUGGGAAGAUGUUCGACAGCGGUUUGGCGCUCCGCUUCCACAUCAUAAUUUUCCUGAAACUGGUUUCCAAAAGGAUUUGCAACAAUCAAAUCGAAGGCUGCCAGCGUCCAGCCAGAUCCCUGAACCUAGAUCUGAUCGUCAACCACUUCGUCCAGAUGCGGCUGGCGGCUUGAAUUCUGCAGCGACAAAGGCAAGUGGUCUAGCAAAUCCGGUAUCAGUUCCAGUUAUUGCGGAAUCUCGAAAGCAGCCGUCGACAGUAACGAGUAAUUCUGAGCGGGAACACCACAGUCGGGUUGAAACUAAGAAGCCCACAGAGAAACUGGCGACAAAUGCUCCAGUUGCACGGAACUGUGCUGUUACAAAAUGUCCUGCUGUGGCUAAGCAAGGAAGUGAUCGUUCCGUGACAGAUAUCGAGGUGGUGCAGGGGCGAAAGCAGCGCCGCUUUUUGUUAGUUCCUGUCAAAGAUUCCACCUUGCAUAGUCCCACCAAGAAAUCGUUAUGGAGUUCUUGGAUCCGAAAUCCUCGUGAUAUCAUCCCGUCCCUUAUGCACGAGAAACCGGUUUGUACUCUUUUCUUUGCUCCCGAACUUCGUAAGUGGCAUUUCUUCCGCUUUUCAAAUUUCACAAGCUGUCGUUCAGUAUUGUCUCUUGUGUUAGGAUCCACUAGCAUUCCCACUUUUGGACUGGAGGGUAACACUACUCAUCGGAAGAGCCAUUUUUUAUUGCGAGUUUCGCACCAGGAAUUGGUCCGAAACAAGGACGCAUAUAUGAUAAUUAGCAUUUGCAACAAUCAGUCUAUGGUGCCUGCUCCAGAAUUCCACCCCAAAGGUCUGCAAGUUUCCGUGAAUGACCAACCAGCGCGAAAAAUUAUUAAUAAGGUCAAAGAACAGCCUCCCUAUCCGCAAAUUCCCCUGGAAAUGCCCAUUGCUGAACUGCGCCAUGAAAAUAGCCUGGUUAUCUCUUGGAGCGAAUCGUUACCUAAUUGUGUUGCAGAUUACUGCGUCCAUGUUUAUUUGGCCAGAAGGAGACCUCUCCCGGCCAUCGUCCGUCAUGUCCAAACUAAUGUUUUAUCGGUAGCGAAAAGUCUGGCACAAGAAAGUGCCCGCGGAAAUGCAGAUCAGGAUAUCAUGGCUGGAACGCGCACAAUGAAUUUGUUCUGUCCUAUUUCCAAAAAGCGUAUUGUUGUUCCGGUGCGCGGUGUGGAGUGUCGCCAUAUGCAGUGUUUCGAUGCGGAAAGCUUUCUGUUCAUGAAUAUUGGACCGAAAGCAAAAUUUUGCUGCCCUCUGUGUCCCAAGACUGUUGUUCCUCAGGAUCUGGUAGUUGACCAGUUUGUUCUGGAAGUUUUGUCCUUCACCGGAAAUGAUCGAGUUGAAAUCGUUCAGGAUAGUGAGAGUUUUACGAUUCGAGAAUGUGAUGCAGCGAAGAAGACUGUUGUGGAUCUUACGAAGAAUUUAGCCGGUAUGUCAGCCACUGGCGAGAAAUCUGACCAAAGCGUCAUAAUCAUCGAAUGAUGUUAGUAAUUUCUGAAUCUCCCAAGAAUGUGUCACAUUUUGUUGUUAAUUUUCUCGUCCCAGACGUUCUUGUCACAAAAGAAUUACCGUGCACUAACUUUGCCAAGUAAAUACCAUAGUUAUAAUAAAUGAGUUAUUUUUAUACAGUACAAUGGUUGAACGUUAUGUUGCUGGUUUUGUGUCCGAAUCUACGAGUACGGAUGUUGUAUAGACCAGAGGUUUUCAAUUGGUUUUGAUUUUUUCAUUUUCAAGCCCUCAUCAUAGCAUUCUGGUUUUUGGCUUCAUUUUGACUUAUGUUUCUGGAAAACAUGUUUCUCCAACGUGUUAUUAGUCGUGACUGCAUUUAAUUGUUUGUGUGCAGUUGUUUUACGUGAAUUUUGUGGAAAGUUUAUCCGUGGCCUUUGUGGACAGCAGUAUUUCAUAAUUUACUUUAUUAAAGUUAG